CCACCGUUAAUCGCAGUUAUUUGUUGGUGCGUUAUUGACAUUGCCGUCCUCUUAUUUGCUCUCAUUGGCUGGGUACGUCAUUACGACAAAUACGGUGCAGAAAAGUACAAAUUUUUCAACAAUAUCUACUACGACAAGAACCCAAGUCAUAAACUAACAGAUAGCAUGGAAACCCUUCUGAAGAAUAUGCAUUCGGUUUAUUUGGAGAAAUGGACACAUUUUGUCCGGAAAAAGGCGGCUAUGUUAACUGAAACUGAAGAAGAAGAAAUGAAGCAACAAGCGAUAGAGGAAGCUGCAUCAUCUCUUGCCGAUUUUAUGUCGGAGCUAGACCUGACGAAAUCCGAUGUUUUCAUGGGCCUUCUGCUUCUAAGGUGGCAGUCACAGCAGUGGAUAGGGAAAAAUUCAACCUUAAAGGCCCAGUACGUUCUGGAGAACACUGAUCCUAUAACUACCGAUUUGGCCGCUAAGCCAAUUGACCCGAAAUCCAUGCCCCCACGGGAACGCCUUUCUCGGGACUGGCUUCACAUUAACCGAAUUCGUCGUUACAUGCAUUUGGCGCUAGCGUCGUAUGGCUGGGAACACCUUGUCGGAUUUAACCCUUACAAUUUAAAGGCAAGACGAACAAUGCGCCGAUAUCUGACUCCUGGCAACGAGCCCGCCCAGGCAAAACAACGCAACAUGGAAGAAGGCAUCCCAAUGCCCGGUGCUAAACUUUGGAAAGGAGAAAAUGCAUAUCUGGCCGCUUUUCUUGAAAUGUCCAGUUUGAAAUCGGAGGACAUUCUCAUUUUCGAAAUAGCUGACACAGUGAGUUUGAAAAAAAAAACUAAUUAUUUAAACGGUCACAGUCACAUAAUUAAACAUGAAACCUUUGCUGAUAGGAGCGAAGAACUGGAGUCCGUUUCUCGCCAGUCUUCACGUUAUGCUGCAAAACCAACAUGCCAGCAUUACAACAUGAGAGUGUAG